CUCCCAGAACACCCCCCAGUUCCCAACCGCCCUUAAUCCGACUGACUCUAGUACGAGUCAAGCGGCUCCAGCCCAAUCAAGUCAGCAGGCUUUGGGCGCCCACAGGUCGCACGGCCCUCGCCCUAGGAAUGCGAUUAGAUCGCUAGUAGAGAAAAGACCAGUACACUGGAGGGUUAAAGACGCACGCAAAGAGCUAGAAAUCACAAGCUCUAAUAUCCCCUCAGCAUCGACGCAGUCCUCCCGAAAAAAUCCCACACUGCAGAUCGAAUCUUCAUUGGUCGACUGCGUGAAGGACAACGCCAAUGGUCUAAUGAUCUCGUCACUGUUUCAGUAUUCCUUAUAUCCGACCACAAAUGAUAUUGAUACGUUGGCCGAUAGAGCGCUUGCCAAUGCGAUCGCCAACUACAAGCACAAUGCGAAAGAACUCAACACGUGGAAAAAGAGGAGAGAAGGUCAAAGCGCUCUUGCACGACUGAAAGGGCUGGUCAAAAAGCUUCACAGGGACUCCCAGGGUAAUGCCCGAGGGUUGGUGGUUGCAGCCUAUCACCUAUUCCUUCCAGUUCUAUUCAAGAACACGAACGAGAUCGUACAAGUGCGCAAAUGGGACGCAUCAGUGUUGCUGACGAAUGAUGAUUACCUCGAUGCAAUCGUUCAGAGAGAGAUGAACGAUGGGCAAGUCCAGUCGGUUUGCAUCCCAUUCGGCAACGACGCCCUCGUUGGCAUUGCAGAAUACAUACUGGUCGAUCAAGGGUAUCAUCAAUAUAUAUCGCUCGAUGGACCUGACUGGGAAGUUGCCCUCGGGAAUACCUUCGUCCUUUCUGCAGCAAUCUGUAACUGGAUCAUACGGCGAUGUUCGAGGGACGGCUUGUUUCAAAACACCGAUUUUCACUGUUCGGAAAACGAGACAUGCUACAAUAGAAUGAAAGAUCGGAUGUCAUCAUUGGUUGGUAAUGAGAAGGUGGAGUUUCACGGACUGCUAUCCUUCAUGCGUGAUCUACUGAUGAGGCAUAGUAGUAACGCGCUGUACCAAUUCGACCUUCAACGUUGCAACCUCAAUGAUCAUUAUGAAAUAGGCUCCCAGAUGCUGUAG